UCUCGCAGCGCUAAGCGUGCGGUACUACCAACAAGUAACACUCAUUUCUCUGUUUGUUUUUGUUUCCUCUAAUUUUUUUCCGGUGCAAGUGCGACUCUCAAAAAUCAAAUUUGAUACACCAUGAGAAUUUUGGCAGAGAAUCAAAUCGACUUGCUCGAUCCAUCCGAGCUUUUGAGGCCGGAACCUACAUUCGCGGAUAAGAAUCCGUCGAAGUUUCGUGACUAUACCGUCGAUGCGGCCGAUCCAUUGAAGGAACGCGUGCGUCAGACAUACCGUCAGAUGCAUUUGAAUCAAACUGUCGACUUUGUGAUGGGACGACGCAAUCGUUGGUUAAAGUUCAACACCAUGAAGAUGACAGUGCGAGAGGCACUCGAGAAACUGAACGAUCUGGUCGAUGAAUCGGAUCCCGAUCUCGACCUGCCGAACAUUGUGCACGCCUUCCAGGCAGCAGAGCGUGCCCGGCUCGAGUUUCCGGAACACGACUGGCUACAUCUGACCGCCCUCAUACACGACCUGGGCAAGGUAAUGGCCUUCUAUGAUGAGCCCCAAUGGGCCGUCGUGGGCGACACAUUUGCCGUGGGAUGUCGCUGGGGCGACAGUAUUGUUUACCGCGAGGAUAGCUUCGUGGGCAACCCCGAUGGCAAUAAUCCCAAAUAUAACACAGACUAUGGCAUCUAUCAGCCCAACUGCGGGAUUGAUAAUCUCCUGAUGUCGUGGGGGCACGACGAGUAUAUGUACAAUGUCCUGAAGCACAACAAUACGAAGCUGCCGGAUGUGGCCUGCAACAUAAUACGCUUCCAUUCGUUCUACCCGUGGCACAAUGGUGGGGACUAUAAGCACUUCGAAGCGCCAGAGGAUGCCGAGACCAAAAAGUGGGUCUUGAUCUUUAACCGCUACGAUCUGUAUACGAAAAGCGAGACUGUGCCCGAUAUUGAGUCUCUCUGGCCGUAUUAUCAGUCUUUGAUCGACAAAUACUUGCCCGGUGUCUUGGAGUUCUAGACGAUUGUGUUUUUUAUAAUAAUAAUAGCAUAAUUGCCACCCUGACCAUGGGUUUGGGCACACAUUUUAUAUGUUCAUUGAUUUUUGAUGCCACAUAUAUAUAUAUAUAUGAUUUAAAUGCCUAUUCGUUGAUCUAUAACCAUGUAUCCUAUAUAUCCCGUACUCAUAAUCGUUAUAAUUUCCUUUUUACAAUGCAACGCUAUACAUAAUUAAAGAUUUCAUUUAUUACACAAUA